CAUGGAAACAAGCGUAAACGGUAACUAAUAUUAACGACCGGGGCAGGCUGCUGAUUGCUAUUUAUUCGACUGUACAAUUCAGAAACGCCUAUAAAACCAAUCGUUAAGAAGUAUUGUAUGUUUCUAAUAUCAAUUUUAACGAUAUCCACUUCGGAAAAUCAAGAAAGGAUGGAAGAUCAAGUGUUGGUAGCAACUGAAGUCGAAGGUGGGGAUGCCCGAGAAAGUUCUGACAGCAGUGGAGCUCAAGAAGACCUUGGGAAAAAAGAGCUGCAAAGUUCACCUCAGGAGAAAAAUAAAAAACACUCAGGACCACGGAUGACCAAGAAAUUCCUGAGAGACCACUGUAAGCAGAACAAACUGUACAUAACACCAUGCCACAAUGAUGCGCUGUAUCUGCAUUUCAAAGGUUUCUCCACCAUUGAGAACUUAGAGGAGUACACAGGUCUGAAAUGUCUCUGGCUGGAAAGCAAUGGGCUCCAACGCAUUGAGAAUCUGGAUGCUCAGACUGAUCUGCGCUGCUUGUUCCUUCAGCAAAAUCUCAUAUACAAGCUGGAAAACCUAGAGCCUCUGAAGAAACUCUGCAUCCUGAACGUCUCCAACAACUACAUACACAUCAUAGAGAACAUCUCCUGCCUUCCUGACCUGAGUACUCUGCAGAUUGCCCAUAACAAGCUGGAAACUGUUGGUGACAUAGAGCAUUUGAGUCAGUGUCUGAACAUUAGUGUAUUAGACCUCUCUCACAACCUGUUACACGACCCUGACAUCCUGCCUGUGCUUGAGGCCAUGCCAGAACUGCGUGUACUGAAUCUAAUGGGAAAUGAGGUCGUGAAAAAAAUCCCAAACUACAGAAAAAAUAUGAUUGUACGCCUCAAGCAGCUCACGUUUCUUGACGAUCGCCCUGUGUUUCCUAAAGACAGGGCAUGUGCUGAGUCGUGGGCAGUGGGAGGGCUGGAAGGGGAACGCCAGGAGAGGGAGCAGUGGGAUACACGAGAGAGGAAGAAAAUUCAGGAAAGCUUGGAUGGAAUGGCAAUGAUUCGGAAGAAGGCCCAGGAAAGACGCAGACUCAGAGAGUUGGAGGAUAAAGGGAAAACCGAUGCUUCCUCUACUCCAGAAACUACUACUGAGGAAAACGGUACCCAGAUUUUAACUUCUUCACAAGGUGACAAGAUACAAGCUUUUGUGCAGGACAGCCUGGAUGCCCAUGAAGAGUUCUUAGAGAAACAGUCAAAACAGGGACUUCUUGAAAAUCAACCAGCAAGUAAACAUCUUGAGACCAAGGAGGCAGGUCAACUCCUGAUGAGAGAGCAGUUAGAUGAAGAUACCCAGGACCAUUCUCCGAUAACACACACCGUAAGAGAAGAGAAAGGAAGGGAAAAGAUCCCAGCAGAUGAGCAAGGCAGUACUGUAGGGCACAUGUUAGAGACAGAAAAUAAACAAGAAAAACAGUCCAAGAGAAAUGAAGCAGAGAGAGAGCAGAGUAAAAACAAACAGCCUCCCCUUCCUGAAGCCGAUGACGAUGUACCGGUACAUAGUCCUGGACCACGGAUUACAGAGCUACAAGAUGCAGAGCUGCUGGAAACCAUUCACCUUCCUCCAGCAAGUCGCUCAUUGCGUAUUGAUGAGUUGCCUGAUUUGGAAGAUGUGGACACAGAAGACUUUAACGCAGCGUUCUCUUGUAGGCAGGCCUUUAAACCAAAAAUAGAAGUCAUAUCAGGUGACAGCAACGGGGAAGCACCAGCUGGGAUUCAGAGUGACAGCAUCUCCACAUCCGCUCCAGCUAAGAGCUUUUUGUUCCUAACAAGUGGCUGCGACAAAUCACCGGCUGUCUCUGGCAAUUCUACAUCGCUAGUGUAUCCAGAGGAUGAGGGUGCGCCUUCCGACCCGUCAAACUCAAAAAUAAACCAAACCUCCUCUCCACCACGCUGCCUGAUCGAGGAGCUUGAGUAAUACCUUGAUGUCAUUAAAUUUGAAAUAUGAAUUAAAAUAGUAAACUGCAAUUCAAUCUGUA